AUGGAAGAGGAGGAGAAAAUGUCAUCGACAGCGGCAACGGCUGCUAAACCGGUGUCGUUCACAUCCAAGCCGAUCCAGCAAAUGGUGAGCUUCAUCUGCCAAGAAGCGGAGGAGAGAGCUAACGAGAUCUCUGUUUCAGUUGAUGUAACAUCAGUUUCAUUUUGUUUCUUUACGGUGAGGAAGAAGAGGGGUUUGGCAAAAGGAAUCAAGAGUGCAAUUCCUAGAGUUCAAACGAACAAUGUACCAACAAGAUGGUCACUCGCAGAGAUAAAAUCAGCUACAAUGGGGUUUCAUAAGAGUCGAAUCAUCGGUAAAGGUGGUUCAGCAGUUGUUUAUAAAGGUUAUGUUCCGUCGACUGGAACUGUCGUGGUGAAGCGAUUUGAUCAGUUCAACGGAAAAGCAUUCACUCGUAAUCUUUUCAACACAAAGUUUGCCAUUAUGUCCGGUUGGCUAAACCACUGUAACUUGAUUCAGCUUCAAGGAUGGUGUUGUGAGGAAUCUGAGUUGGUCUUGGUCUAUGAGUACUUGUCCAAUGGAAGCCUUUACCAACACAUUCACAAAACCUCAGUUUCAUCAACAACUACCCUUUCAUGGAGCUUGAGAUUAAAGGUAGUUCUCAAGGUUGCUUCUGCUCUUUCAAUUUUACAUGAAGAAUGUGAAAGACAUAUAAUACACAGAGAUGUGAAAACUUACAACAUCAUGCUUGAUGACGAGUUCAAUGCCAAGCUCGAAGAUUUCGGUUUAGUCGAAGUGUACGAACAUUGUUGCGCUUCAAGAGAUGCAACGAUACCAAUCGGGACGAUAGGAUAUCUGGCACCCGAGUACGUUUAUACCGGUGUUCCAACUGUGAAAACCGACGUUUACAGCUUCGAAGUGGUUGUCCUGGAGGUGGCUACGGGAAAGAGGCCCGUGGAUGAGAAUGGAACCGUGUUGGUUGACUGGAUUUGGGACCUGUGGGUGAAAAAGAAACUAAUUGAGGGCGUUGAUUCAAGAAAGUUGUAUAGGUACAAUGUUUUAGAUAUGGAAAGAUUGUUUGUGAGAACACCUUGGAUGCACGGUUGUAUGUUGUAUUCAAUAAAAAGCUUCCAGAGAUACGCAAGUGGCUCUUUGGUCAGGUUGGUGCUUGAAGGGUAG